UCGAUCACGAUGCUGAUCCGACGAUUCCGAAACCAGCACGCGGUCUUGCUUGCAAUAGUUGUCAUCGGGACCAUCUGCAUGGUCCUGUUCAUGUCACCUCAGCCUCUGAGGCAAGAAACUGAGUACCCGUUGGAUGAGUGGGUCCGAACUCCGACCAUCGAUUGCCAUGGACACUUCCGGGCAUACGGCCACGAAUUCGCAUGGUUGCAAUAUUCGCAUAUAUUGAGCAAUACCACGUUCAGUGUUCCGUGUGAUAGCAAAGUACCCGCGUAUAACUUUCGAUAUUCCAUCGAGGGUCCACUACAAAUGUGGAUGGGAAACCUUAUGCCAUACCCAACCACAUAUAUCACCGAUCAGGACAGUAAUUAUGUGACCGCGCCUACAUUCGUUAUAAAGCGAAUCGAGGCACAUAAUCUCUACCAUACACUCUGUGAGUGGAUGAACGUGUUCUUGGUCUCCAAGGUGAUGAAACUGAACGCCAGUCUCGUGGAUAUCGUGUGGAUGGACGACAGACCGCCAAGUCCACUUGACGACACGUGGACUGUUCUGUUCGAUAAUGUCUACAUAUAUAAGACAGACGAAAACUUGGUCUAUAAAAACUUGAUAUGGAAUAUCAUAGGUUACAAUAGUCCAAUCAACUUCCAUAAUUUGCCAGCGGCGCCUUAUUUUGAAGAUUUCCGAGAUUUUUUCCUUAAAGCGUAUGGAGUGUCUGACGAAAAACGUUUGGAUUGCAAUAAAUUAAAAAUAACGGUGAUUCUGCGGAAGGACUAUAUGACGCACCCAGAAAGAAAGGACCUAUUUAAUGGAUUAGUACAUCGAAAAUUUAAAAACGAGGACGAAAUUGUAGACAAUGUUAAAUCCGUGUUUACACAAGCAACAGUGGAGACGGUUAUUCUAGAACAAAUGUCAAUGUUUGACCAGUUGAAAGUCAUGACCCAGACUGAUGUUCUUAUAGGCAUGCACGGGGCGGGCAUGAGUCACGUGAUGUUUCUACCAGCGCACGCGGUUGUGUUCGAAAUAUUUCCGCAAUAUUGGGGUUUUCUUCGACACUUUAAGGCGUUCGCUCGGUGGCGAGGUGUUAAGUAUUUCGGAUCGAAAAACGAAGACCUAAAGAAUGAAUUUGACGGGUUUUAUACUUAUAUACCCUCUUCAGUUGUCAGAGAGCAUUGUCAAAAGAUUCUUAAGUGGAGAUGCAUGUGGUAAUGCAUUGACAAAGUUUUAUUUACAGUCCAAAUCCAUUUAUGAAAAAAUAUAUUUCUAAAGCAGUAGUGGUUUUAGCAGUGUAAACAUCAAAGAAAUCGGCGUGAUGAUUGGAUAAAAAACAAUUUAAUUCAUUAAAUAUCUAAUCAUCAACAUCCCAAUUGAAAUUUAUUAAUUGUAUUUGAAUUUAGUUGUGAUGUUAUGAGGCUAUUUCUAAUUUAUUUUAAUAUAUUUUCACUGAAA